GUUAGGAGCAUCAUGCUGCGUAGAAUACAGUUUCGGGUCGUGCAUGUCACUAGUCAGGAUGAAAAAUUUCCAGCGACACAAUUGAAUCACUCCUCAGUAAGCACAAAAGGGUGGCGGAGCGCAAUAAAUUGUCCUUAUCCACAGCAAAUUGUGAUUGAAUUAGAGAAACCUUCAAGAAUUAGGAAGAUUCAAAUUUUGUCUCACCAGUUUCUUAUCGCAUCGAAGAUUGAGUUCUUUGUUGGAGAUUCAUGUGGUGAGGAUACAAUUAAUAUGGACACUUCAAGAUUCCAUCGAUUGGGCUAUGUAGAACUGUCUGAUAACGAGUCCACAAGUUAUAAAGCACGGGAGUUAAAGUCCGUAUACGUUAAUACUUUGGGCUCGUGUUUUCAAAUCUUCUUCUAUAAGAAUUACGCGAACACUGAAAACCCGUUUAACCAAAUAAGCAUUAUUGCUUUGAACUUUAUUGGUAAUGCUGAUGAUUGCUCCCCGGUUGAUUCAUUGCCUUAUGCUGAUAUGACCUCGAACUUAAAGUAUAUCUCUCCAAUGGAUGAUUUGGCAUUUGGUGUCUACCAAGAUCCUCGCUUAGUGGACAUUAUUCGUCGAUUGCAGUGCCAGAAAAUAGAAUACGCUCGACAAGAAAACUUUGAUAUGGCAAAAAAAACACGAGAUGCUAUUCGCUACAUCCAGGAGGCUGGGGAACAGAUAUUUCGGCUCGAAAUGGAGAAACAGGAGGCUGUACAGUCUGAAAACUACGAAGAGGCCAAAGAGAAGAAGGACCAGAUUUCCCAAAUUCGAGAUAACUUGGCUCGGAACAUUGAUCUUGACUCGUUGCUUACUGCAGGAGUACGUCCUCAGCAUUACUCCCGACCAAUUAUGCCGCGUAAUGAUUCACCAAUGUCUCGUUGUCGUGGCGGAUAUUCAGUGAAAUCGCAUACUGUGGAAGCUAAAAUUGACUUGGAGCGUGGUGCAUCCGACGCCACAGCAACCAGUGGAGACGCCUUUCAAGCGCGUCAUUGCCACAACGCGGCUGAUGAGCGCCCUUUACCUACCUUGCUCAAAAAACAGGCAAACAACAACAACAACUCUGAGGUUCUGCACUCCAGGCAACGCGAUCAAUCUUCGCCUCCACCCUCUUCUCCUAAGCCAGAUGAUCAUGAGCAAGGCCUUUCCGAGGCAGUAGCUAGACAGGCAGCUGUUGCAAUCGACGUAGUUGGGCUUCCUCUGGUGACAUUGUUCUACAGCAGGUCAUGGAAGCUACGCGAACGGGCGCUGUCGGAAUUGGAGGAGCGUGUUUCUCGUGAGCCGUUACCUCCACCGGUGUCUCUUGAGUCUGUCUCUUCAUUGUCUGAUCCCCUUGGAGAACUUCGGUCAACUACAUUCCUUCUUAAAAAGGCGCUCGGUGACCAGGUUAGUUGUAACAUCGUUCUAUCUUUGGACACUUGCUUGAAUGGCGUAAAUGCAUUCAGUUUCUUAGACAAGUGUGUUUGUCCAAGCCACUUUGUUGGACCGUUAUUUUUUUUUCGUCCGAAGGUACUUUCAGUUUAUCGGAAGGCCCUUGAUUUAAUACAUCCGACAAUUGUUGAAUUCGGCGAACAUCAUCGUGUUGCAAAGCCGGAAGUUAUCGCCUCUAUUGACAAGUUAGUUGGGCUUCUACUUCAGCGCACCGGCGAUUCAUCGGUGCGAAUUAGGGACCUCACGAAGGGCAAAUUAGUUGAAAUGGGGAAGUGGCCAAUCUUUCGACAUGGUGGAGGAUUCUGGCACGAGAUCCUCCGCCCCUUCCACGCAACCACAUUAGAACGUCUAGCCCUGAGCCAAGUAGAAAUCGUGAGUGACAUCUACGCUGAUUUGGGGACGUCGAAUGAUGAUGAUGAGAGCCCGCAGCGCGAUGGUACUGGUGGAAAUGGCUUUAUGGUUGAAGAUUUUGUCACGUUUGCUGUCCAGGCCCUUGAGCAUAGGUCAAAUGAGGUCCGUGAACUUGCAGAAGCUUUGGUUGUGGCGCUGUAUAGGGCCGAAGAUAGGGCCUUAGUUCGCCUAAUUAUGCCGCCAAACGACUGGGAGGCUCAACGCCAACCGCUGUACAGAAGGAUAUACGCUAAAUUCGAUAGAAUCGAUGGUCGUGAACACUCUUCUGUUUCACCGCCAUCCCACAAGCUGCCCCAAAGACCACACGAAGAGACAAACCUACGAUCUGGACAACAGAAUCGGCCUCCUGUGUCAUCAUCAAAAAUUACAAGCACAGCACCCAAAUUGCCUGAUCCAGUGCUAACAAAACCCUCUCCAAUAGCAAUGGCUUCUCCAGCUGCAACGGCAAGUGAAUUAGACCUCCUGCUAAGUCUCGACAAGACGUGCAUUUUUUGUGGAGAACAGAAUGACGAAUUCACUGAAGAGGCUCUCGAUAUGCACUACUGGAAGGCUUGUCCUAUGCUGCGGCGAUGUCCAAAUUGCAAGCAGGUUGUCGAAAUAUCCGGAUUGACUGAUCAUCUGCUACACGAAUGCCCCGAGUCCAGCAAAGUGGGCGGCUAUCGACGGUGUGAACGCUGUAGCGAAGCCGUCUCAAAUGCCUCCUUUGUCACACACAACUCUUGCAAGGCAGCCCCCAACCCAGAUCUGCGUUGUCCCCUGUGUCACACCGACUUGGUAGACGAUAGUUUUGCGGGGAAUAAUAACGAGGAAUCAUGGAAAGCUCACUUACUUAGAGAGUGCCGACAAAACAGCCGCAUUUCGCGACCCCAGAUGACUGGAGUGACGUCGAGGGUCGACAGUGUUCAAGCCCCAUUAAAUGUCCCCGAGGACGUUUUUCCUGGAAAAAAAGCAAUUGUCAAAAGGGUUAAUGUACGCUGA